AUGGAAACCUUGAACCCUCAAAUGUUUAUUGGGAACCACCAUCAAUCAAUACCAAUCCCAGAGACACUCCACUCGCUCCCCGGAGGGCAUGUUGCUGUCCUGGCGGGCGACGAGCUCCCACCUCCACGUGGUGCCCGCUGGGAACUCUCAGAGCAACAGUUUGGCUGUCUCCGAGUGCCAGGAGGAGCUCAACAACGCGAUCUUCCCCCUUUUCACGACACGCUGACGCGCCGAAAGCCGAGUCUCCGAACCUCACGAAACACCCAACAUCACAGAACCAGUACCAAAGAGGAAGUCGUGCCCCCUCACACGUACGCCCCUACGACGGAGAAUGGACUUUGUCACUCCAUUUAUCCCGCCCGACAAUUGUUUACGGUGCCGGAUCUCGAAGAUUACGCGAUGCGGAAGCGAAGCGGAAGGCCGGAUAUGAUCAACACAACGCAGUCAGAACAAUCACAAGAACCUAGGCCCAAGAACGACGAACACACUCUGCUCUGA